UCCUCCUCAGUGUAAUGUCGUUGAAAUGCCGGCUGCCCCAGCAGCACAGGACAUAAGACUGACGGCUCGGUAGCAGCUGACCCUAUGUGCUGUAGUUCCCGGUCAGAAAAUGGCGUUUUUCGUCCGUGACCUUGUGUUAAACGACUGAUACAACGUAUGUUUUUUUUUUUUUUUUCCUGCAGGAGCCCGGGGCUUUACUCUCCUCCGCAGAGCCCCUGCAUUGUAACGGAAUGGGCAGCGGAUGAAUUGAAAGUGGGACGUGGAUACGGGGCUGAUGGACCGGGGACAACAGGAGGAGCAGCCGCAGCCUGAUAUAGUGCUCAACGCCAGGAUGACCUAAAUAGCUUGAGAGCUUAAUGGACGCUCCGCUGUAUGGAUACACGAGACAUCAACUGACGUCCUGUUAGACCUCCCAACAUUGUAACAAGUGACCUUCGUUUUUGAUGUGCUGCUGCGGUGCUGUGUGUAACAAGACACGUGAAUGUGCGUAUGACUGAACAAAGAGCAACGUCCCUGGGGCCCAUGUCCUAUGCAGAGUUGAGGGAACAGGAGAAACUUUGGAUGGAAGGCGCUGUGCGCUGGUUGUGUCGCUGACCUUUUGGGGUCGGGAGGAAACCAAAAGGAAAAUCGAUUCCUGCAGGUGGCCCCGGGCUUCGAGAGACUGCACUCCUCUUUGCACGCCGACCGUCCAGCAGCCCUGCUUCUGUGGAUUAGUACACAGCUCACAGCAAGGCUGAGUGGAUCUGGGUUCAAAGGUCCAUAGAGGAGCUGGGCUGAAAGGUCUUUUCAAAGUGAAUUCAGCCCGCAGAUGCCUUAUCUACUCACGAGCACAAGAUUGUCUGUUUGUAAUCACCAGUUUUUACUGUGACCAGCAAUAAAGUCAACAGCCAAGCAAUAAAAACUGAAGAGUCGGAUCCCACAAAAUACUUCCCCCCCCUCCCGGGCCGUCAGCAACUUAAACUGUCGCCGCCAUGCUUCUGAACUGCGGCCAGCCGUUACCUCUUCUGCGGCAUACGGACGUGCCGCCUCGGGUUAUAGAGAACUUCAUCCUGACCGGCUACCGCUUCCCCAACUACAGCCUGAGGGAGUGCUUACUGUCAGCGUUCCGGCCCACUAAUGAGACGGGAAACUUCUGGACGCACUUCCUCCCUGUUUUCAUUUUUUCCUACUAUUUUGUGGAGGUGUUCGGCUGGGAGGGCGCUCCACAGGGUGACGCCCCGUUCUUCUACCCGCUGUGGAACUACUACAUCGGCGUGUUCUGUCUGCUAAUGGCGAGCAGCAUGGCCCACCUGCUCAACUCCAUGUCUCUGGUGGUAAGAGAAGUCUGCUUCUUUGUGGAUUAUGGCACUAUCAGUUCCUACACCGUGGGCUCCUCGUUGGCCUACUACUACUACAUCCACCCUCGGGCGGGGAUAGUGGAGACCGGAGGGCCCAAUGGCUCCCAUGUGGACCAGAAUACUGAACCCUCAGGGGGUUCGACAUCAUCCUAUGCAAUCCCAGAGUUCAGCGUCUUCUUCGAGACCUUCUACAUUCCGUGCGCGUGUUUUGUUGCGAUCAUAUGCGUCUUGUCUUGCUGCAAUACCCGCCAGAGGUGGAGGAAGUAUCGGUACGUCAUCCGAACCUUUGUGUUCCUGCUCCCGUUCCUCGUCUCUUCCACGCCGGUCUUCUACCGCCUCCUCACCAGGUCGCCUUACAGCGCCACCUCCCCUUCCUUUGCUGCGUCCACCACCACCGCCAACUUCUUCUAUCGCCACUGCCUCUGGCUUCUGGUGUCCGCCGUCUUCAACAUCAGCAAGCUCCCUGAGCGGCUGGCCCCGGGUCGCUUCGACAUCUGGGGGCACAGCCACCAGUGGUUCCACUGCUGCACCUUUCUGUCCAUCCUCGACGAACUCCACAUGAUCAAGGCCGAGGUGAGGGCGAUCCUCCUCAGCCCGACCCUGCUGCUGCCCCCUGCCACCAUGUCCCGCCUACCUGGACCAACCAUCGCUUCCACCUACGGGGUGAUGCUCCUCCUCCAGACCACCAUCGUCUCCAUCAUCGUGUGGUUCUCCUGGUGCGCCAGCUGCAUCUACGGACCCCAGAGAGAACAGCUCGUGAAGGAACACCCCAAGAAACACCUGAAAUGUCACUGAUCGCAAAGGCUGUCUCGAUCGUCUCAAAAGAUUUGCACAUGCACACAGAGCCAAGUCACCGAGAGAGAAGCGCACAACUCCAACAAUGUCUCCCUCCCGAUUUCAAGUCCGUCGUAUGUUCCACCCCCGUUGGGAGCGUUUUACAAGCUUUUCGGAGGGGAAAAUUGGGGACAAGGAGAGAUGAAAGGAUUAUAUUCUGAGCUCACCACAGGGUGGCUGUCUGGUUGAGUGAAUAUUGAAAGACCUUGCCAGCUCUCUCCCCAGAGCUGCUCCAGCAUGUUCCAACAGGAUGUCUGAUGAUAAUAACUACCUCGAGGGACUGUACACUUCAGGACGGGGGUGGGGGGGUGGAGAUCUCGGUAAACAGGAGAACACACGUUCCAUAUAACAUUUGGGUAAUGUUGGUUUUAAAUGUCAGCGUGGGAGUAUGUGUCUGUUGUCGAGUAGUUCCGCUUGUUGCACUUCCCCUUCCUCUGACUGAAUCUUUUGAAACGCCGGUGCUGCGGCCACAGUUGAGCCCUUUGUUUAAACAUUGAACAAGUCCCAUUUUCUGACCCUUGCUAGCCGCACCUUCCCCCUCUCUCUCUCUCUAAGUGACCCUUGCCGCAGGAAGUGCGGCGGCCUUGACGACGCAACAGAAACAACUGAGAGCUCAUAUCAGGCUUUCGGUAGAGCACUUUCACGGGGCCGCUCGAUUACUCGCCCUGUCAUUGAGAAGCCAUGCUCGCUUUGUAACCUCAAAGGACUAAAACAUCCCCCCGAAGCGUAUAAUGAUGUCCUGCUUGAACUGCUCUGCCGGGUUAAUGUACUCAUAGCGCGUGCGUACAUCUGCUGUGUAUGAAUUUUCAUUACACUGAUGACUAGUUCCUCAUAGAUUAUGGUCACACUGCUGACACUACUGAGUGCUUUAGUUCAGAUUAAAUGUGAUGUAAAUCGUUUUUUUUAGCAAGUAUGAAAAGUGUUCUGGAUUUGUGCGGAGCGCAAAGAAGUGGUACAAAUCCCUGAUAGCUCACGUUAGCAAUAUUUUAUCAAUCAAAACUUAAAAUGUCGCAGUCACAGCUCCGGUUUGAAGGCCGGCGCUGUGAAAACAGAUUAAAUGAGGAUGAUGAAACGAGAGGCCCCUCGAAGCAAAAGCCAUAGUUUGUAAAAGCGGUAGACAAAAUAAUGGCAAUAUUGUAGUUAUGCUACACACCAGGAACUCCCUGGGCAGCUUUGCACUUGACAGAUGGAUCAAUUUAGUCGUUUUCUCAGCAGGUCGCACCUUUCAAGUAUGGGGGUAUUUUCAGUAUAGCCUCAAAGAUUCUAGUACGGAGGCCCUGAAG